UCGAAGGUCGUUCUUCAAGAUUUGGAGCCAAAACACCCUGCAGGUGGAGAAAAUGUAGUUGUGGUCUACACUACAACAUUGAAAGGGAUCAGAAAGACCUUUGAGGAAUGCAACACGGUGAGAUCCAUCAUCGAAGCUAAAAGGAACAAAAGAAAUGAAAACUGUGGAGGGGUGAGAUUUGUGAUGUGCAAACAAUGCAAUUGGAGCUUCAAGGUUUUGGAUAAAGAACAGAAGAAGAUAAUGUGUGGUGAGUGCAAUGAAAAUGGAUUGAUACAAUGUCCUAUUUGUUGCUGA